AUGAGCCAAGGAAUCGCUCUCCUCGCAAAUCUAGAGCAACAAAGAAAGUCAAAGCGAGCUAGAUACACGAGUACACGCAUUGAGGAGCCUGACGUCGACGAAGACUCCAACUCCCCCGUAUUUGACACCUAUCUUCAAACUCAAGGACCUGAAGGAAUAAUGACACUCACCAACUUCUCGCCGUCGGAGUUCAAUCUCCUCUGGGCAGACAUUCGCCAAGACGUCUUCAGACACUGGAACAUUGGCUCCGGCCGCAAAUGCUCCGUAAAGCCUCGUGACCUGCUUCUCAUGAUGCUCGCCUCACUCAAACAUUGCGGUACCUGGGACAUUGUUGCUCAGACGUUUCGAGUCACCACUGCAACAUUCGAGAAACGAGUUAUGAGUUUUAUCGAAGCCAUGCAUCCGUACCUGACUCGGAAGUUCAUCCAUGGCAUGGCGAGCAAGUGGACAAUGCACGAACUGGCGGCCAAUGGAACACGCUUCGAGAACUAUCCACAUGCUCGAUAUGCCACGGACGUUACUUUCCAGCAGACGAACGUACCGGUCGGGUCGUAUGCUGAAAAGAAGCUCUUCUUUAGCGGCAAACAUCAUCUCUACGGUCACAAGGUUGAGGUGUCAGUGCUUCCCAAUGGUCUUGCAAUAAACUGUACGUCUUACCACAAAGGCAGUGUCUCGGACAAGGCAAUCUUCGACGACAACUUGGACUUUCACUGGACCAACCUCACGAAGAACCCACGAGAGAUUGAGAUGACGGUUGUUGACGGGCAGCCUGAGCAGUGGGCAGUUCUUGUUGACAAAGGCUAUCAAGAUGGAGACGCAAACACGCAGUACAUCAAUCGGCUCAAUGCCACCGGGAUGAAGAAGAUCAAAGAUAAGAGAAAGGCUCAAAUCAGGUACCGGGAAAAGCGCAAGACUAGGUUGUCAAUGUUUCUUGCCUCUGAAUCUGCCAUCAGUGGAAAUGCAUGCGGAAGUGAAACUGAAAAUGUAUCUGACAGCGAGAGUGAUUGUGGGCCAUCCCAACUCUUCUAA